AAUGUUUUUACUCAAGCGCAAGUGCACGCUGCUCUUCAGCGUCAGCUCUAUGACUUUGCUGCUCGUCUGCCUUUUGAAGCAGCCAUCCACGGCCAACGCAUGCUCGAGUCGCUCCAUACCGAAGCCACGCACUCUAUCCUCGGGCGGCUCCUCGGUUUCGUCGCAGAAGUCAACCACAUCUACAACCACUACCACCACGGAGCCGACAACGACUACCACAACAACACAACGCCCAAAUAUCACAUUCCCUACCUACAAGUGCCCACUGAACUAUGAUGCUUGGUACUGUCUCAACGACGCCACUUGCUUCUCCGUCAAGCUGGGCGAUUCAGUGAUGUAUAAUUGCGAAUGCGCAAACGGAUUUAUGGGGCCACGUUGUGAGUACAAGGAAUACGAUGCCUCAUUCUUGCCCAAACGUCCACGUCCAAUGUUGGAGGAGGCGAGCAUUGCAAGUGGCGCAAUUUGCGUGCUACUCUUUGUACUUUUCAUCUGCUUGACCCUGUAUUUGCGCUACGAGCAGCGCAGUAAAAUUUCGACACUUGGCUGUAAUGAGUACGAAGUUACUGGCGGCGCCACCAUUGAGGAUGAAUAUGAAGAUGAGGAGAAUGAAAAUAGCUAUUUUACAACCAAAGCAUGUCGUUACUGCAAUGAAAAACAAUGUUGCGGUGCAGAGGUACGAGUUGUUGGCGGUGGAGCUGGAGGCGUUGGCAUGCGGCGUGGUCGUGUCCAUGGCGCUGCUGAGAAUGCCGGUGGGGCGCCCUCAUUGCGUCGUUACAUUGAAGCGAUUUCUAUGUCAUUUGCUAUCAAGCGCACUACAAAAUUGUAGAGAGAAUAAGAAAUCUACGCAUAAAAAUAUAGAGAGAUGUGAUGGAAAUUGUGUUGUAUUUGUGAAAUAAAUAACUGCCAAAUUAAGAAUCGAAAAAAUGUGCUUUUGGCUUAAGUGUACUGCAGUUCAAAGUAAUAUUGAUAGUUUGCAACUAUGCGCAUUGACUUUGAUUUGGUAUGGA